AUGAAUUUCAAUGACCCUAAUAAUAAAAUUAUUUGCUCUAGUGAUGAAGAUAAUUUAUCAAAGGUAUUAUAAUAUGAUUUAUAUAUACCUACCUAGUUAUAAUAAAAUAAAAUAUUUAUUUAUUAAUUGAGUAAUAGUUUAUAAAUGCAUAAUCAAUUUUAAAUGGUUCAUAAGAUUUAUCUGUUCACCAAGGCUUAGGACUUACUGCAUUUAAAAUUCACAAAAAAGCUCCAAAAGGUAAAAAUGUUAGGAGGAUUAAAUCGCCUCCUUAAACGGCUCUAAUUUAUUAAAUACUAUUUUCUAACAUUAUACAAAUAAUUAAUUCAAAGUUAUUUUUUUAUAAUAAUAAGUACAAUUUUAUUUAAACAAAAUUACUUUUCGUUAAUUAUUUUUAUAGUAUUAGAAAGUUGUAUUCAAUAUGUUAUAGUCAUUAGGCAAGGGACCUUUAAAUCCGUCUACCAUUUGUUCUUAUAAUAUUUUGUUGAAGUACUUUUUUUGACUUUUUUAAGUGCUUUUUUGUGAAUUCUAAAUGCAAUAAGCCUUGAGCCUUACUGAUCACUUAUCAAAAUUUUAUUUGAAUAGAAAAUAAUUCAUUAUUAUUAUUUUAUUAUUAGACAAAUUAUGGUGAACAUAGUCGUCUUCUUGACAAAACAACAAAUAAAUCUACAACUAUACCGCAUAAUCCAUCAACUGAAACAGAAGAUAUUCAAACAGAACCCCGUGAUGGGACUUCACACUUAAUUGCUUUCAUUGGUUAAUAUACUAUGAUCCAUUUAAUAAAUGUAUUAACAAAAUAACUCACAUGUUAAGUAUAUUACAGUGACUAUUGGAGGAUUUAUUAUGGGAACAGCAGUUGGAUGGACAGCUCCAGCUGGUCCAAAGAUGAAUGAGUAUGACUUCAAUGUAACUAAGGAAAAUAUUUCAUGGAUUGCAGCAUUAAUGCCAGUUGGCGCAUUGCUUGGUUGUCCAGUCGUGGCUAGUCUAGUAGAUAAAUUGGGACGGAAAUCUCUAAUGAUGAUAUUAACAAUACCCACCCUAAUUGGUUGGACAAUGAUAAUAUGGGCUGUAUCUGUAAAUACAUAUAUUUAAUAUAGAUAGUAAAUACGUUUAAAUAAUUGUAUUACAAAUGGUUUAUACCUACUUUUGGUUUAAAACAUCAUUUAAGGUACCAUGGAUCUGUGUAGGCAGAAUUUUUAUUGGAUUUACCAGUGGUUCAUUCUCUGUGAUUAUACCUCUAUACACAACUGAAAUAGCUAAAAAAGAAAACCGUGGUACUCUAGGUACUUAUUUUCAGUUACAAGUUAAUGCAGGUAUCUUGUAUACUUAUGUUAUGGGAUCAUAUGUAAGUCUACAUUUUUAAAUGUAUUACAUUUUGUAUUCAAACACUAUUGUACUUACCUAUUAAAUUAUAGUAUGGCAUAUUUGGUCUAUCUGUUGCUUGUGCAAUAAUUCCAGUGAUAUAUGCAUGUUUACUGAUUUUUAUACCAGAGAGUCCAUUUUUUUAUCUUAUGAAAGGCAAUGUUGAAAAAGCUAAACUAUCAUUGACCUACUUGCGUGGGCCUUAUGGUCAAGUAGAUCAAGAACUAAAUGACAUCCAAAAUGUGAUGGCAAAAGUAUAAACACAUAUUUAUUUAUUCAUUUUAAAGGAUUUAAUAAUUAAAUAUAAGGUAAUUUAUACAUGAUUUUUACAGACUGAAAGGGAAAGAAUACCAAUUGUAAAAGCAUUCCAAACUACACCAGCUAAACGCGGUCUGUUCUUGGGUAUUGGAACUAUGAUUUUUCAACAAUUCACUGGAUGCAAUGCUAUUAUGUUCUAUGCUACUAUCAUUUUUAAUGUAAGUAAAUAUGUUACUUAUAAAAUUUUUAAAUAAUAUAUAAAUUAAUAUAUAUAUAUAUAUGUAAUUGUAAUUAAUAAUUGCAGGCAACUGGUAGUAAAAUAGAACCAAAUAUAUCCACAAUAAUUAUUGGUGUUAUGGCAGUAGUGUCUACAUAUUUUUCUACACUCCUCAUUGAUAGAUUAGGAAGAAAGAUAUUACUUUUAUAUUCUAUUGUAGCAAUGGGAAUCACAACAUUCCUUAUAGGUGGAUUUUUCUAUGCAAAGGAUUUUAAUUAUGAUACUUCAUUCAUAACAUUUCUUCCACUGGUGGCACUGUGUACAUUUGUAAUUAUGUUUUCUGUUGGUUUUGGUCCUAUUCCUUGGAUGCUGAUGGGUGAAAUAUUCCCUUCUCAAAUUAAAGGUAAAAUAUGAUAUUAUUAAUAUAUUACUAGAUAAUAGGUAUACUUAAUAUGUUUUACCUAAUGUAAACGGUAAUUUACCAAAUUAUAUAAAAAAAAUAUUUUGUUUGAAAAAUUGACAUAAAGCGUAUAUAAGUUUAUCAAAGUAAAAUUAAAAAUUGAAUUUUAAAUAUUUGUUACAUAAAUUAACAUACAUAGAUAUAUAACAAAAAUCUCAAUAGUGAUAUUAUUAUUGUUAUUUUAUUUUCAAUACUAAGAUUGGUUAAAUAAUAAUUGAUGUCUCCAUUAUCCCUUAUUACUUAUCUAUAACUUUUAAGCUCCUGUACGUACUAAUUUCAGUGUUUUUAUCACUUGCUUCAUAAAAGGUAUUCUAGGCCUUCCUGAUUUUGUGUUAUACUGUGAUUACCAAUUUUUUCGUAUUUACAAUACCUAGGUAUAGAUAAGAUUAUAUUUAACCCUAAAAUAAUUUGUAAAUCGUAAUUAUUUGAUAAUCUGUUCUUCAGUUGGUCUGUAAAUUUUGUGUUACAUAAUAUAAUUUUUAAUUUUUUAUGCGCAAUUUUUGGUAUUUUUAAUGCAAUACAAUCAAUUGUAUUACUUCUGACUACUAUAACAUCUAUGCUCUGGUAAUUACUAAUACAGUAGGUAUUUGAUGAUUAAUUUCCUGGAAGACUUUAUAUUCAAUUAUUCUUGUCAUAAAAAACCGUGGUAUACCAAGUUAUUAUUAAUAAAAUGAUGAACAAAAUUGUAUAGAAUUAUAGGUCAUUAAUAUUUAAUUAUUUAUUACAAAUUGUUUUUUAUAGGUAUUGCUUGCUCAAUAGUCUGUAUAUCCAAUUGGUUUUUCGUUUUCUUGGUUACUAAAUUCUUCACAACAUUGGUAUCAGCCAUUUAUAUAUACAAUACGUUCUGGCUGUUCACAUUUUUCAGUGUAUUAGGUACAUUAUUUGUGUUGUUUAUUGUCCCUGAAACUAAAGGCAAGACUUUGGACGAAAUUCAAGAAUUACUCGGUGCUGAACCUAUUAUACCCUCGCCAGAAAAUCCUGAACAUUUUGAUGAAAUUAAGAAUAAUAUAAAUUAA